AUGAAGGAGCACACUGGAUAUGUUUGCUCAGUCUCGUUCUCACCGGAUGGUACUCGCAUCGCAUCUGGUUCAUGGGAUAAUACUGUGCGGGUGUGGGAUGCAGCCACGGGACAGCCAUUGGGUGAGCCCUUGGAGGGGCACACUGCCCUGGUUUACUCAAUCUCGUUCUCACCGGAUGGUACUCGCAUCGCGUCUGGUUCAGAUGAUAACACUGUGCGGGUGUGGGAUAGAGUGAACGUGCAACCAUCCUCAUCCCCCCGGUCCAGAGACUCAGAUCCCUCCGCAUUUUCGCUGCAUCGAAACACCUCAUCUCCCACCCAAGAAAGCCACAUCAUUCCACCCAACACUUGUAACGCUCGCCUGAUUUUCUUCUCUUCCAACCUGGAAUAUGCUCUGCCCAACCCCGCUGACUUGCUCGAAACCGCCUCACAUCAUGAUUCUCAUUCAACCCCUUUCUUGCUGCAGCCUAAUGGAUGGAUAAUGGGACCCAAUCAUCAGCUCCUUUUCUGGGUACCUCCAUUGUCCCGAUAUCCAUUUUAUUCUCCUGGUACUGCAAUUGUAAUCCCGAGAGGAGGCGUUGAGCUUGAUUUGAGCCAUAUGGCACAUGGGAUGCGCUGGUCGAGUUGCCGAGAUGCCUCCGCGUAA